AAGACUGAGAUUCGUGUCGACUGGCAACACCCACGGGAGCCCAACGGCAUAAUCACAGGUUAUGUGCUGGCGUAUCGCGAGGCACUGGAGACAAACGAAUCCGCUAACGAAGUACGGCAAUUCAAUGCCAACGUAACUAUGUUCACAUUGACUGGCACGGAGGACACUGCUUACACCAUAUCCUUGGCUGCUAUCAACUCAAUCGAUACAGGAAUGGCGACGGUUGUCAAUGCUUCUACUGGGGCUUCUACCGCACUCGCCGCCCCAGCCCAGAUCAGAUUGCCAGCGUUCCAGCCUGGAGCAAUUCCCUGCACCAUCGUACGUGGCUACCCGCUACCCAACGUAACCUGGACAUCCUCGGUGUUUGCCGGCAUUCGCCAGGGCGAAGCCAACGGCUCUCUACUCCUGGACCAGGCCCGUAUCACUGACAACGGUCUGUACCAAUGUCUGGGCGUCAACAUCUACGGCAAUGAUAUGCGCUCCGUGACCGUGGAUGUUACAGUAACACCGGCUGUGGUGCUGACGGGUCCUGUGGCUGGCACGGCCCUGAGCGGCGAGGCUCUGUACAUGCUCACCUGCAUGGUGACCGGGUAUCCGGUGAACGCCGCGUCCGUUACCUGGACGAGCACCCAGCUGGCGCUGGACGACUCUUCCAACACGCCCGCGUCGAAUCUCGACGGACAGGUUACCACGAGCGACACGGCAGACGGCGUGAAUAUCGUAACCCGCACCGUCAUGGUGACCGGCAAUCAGCAGUACACGUGUCGCACGAGCCGACCGGACGUGGUCCAACGAUCGGUCAACGUACCAUGGACCGUGCCGACCGUCCAGGCGUUCAACCCGAGCGUGGCGUCGAUAGGCGAGGGCGAGAACGCCACUCUCCUGUGCACCUGCUCUGGCUCACCGUACCCGCUCAUGACCCUCUACCAGGGGCAAUCAGAAAUCAUGAACACUAGGCGAGCGCGCAUUGGCAGCACAGUGGAGAUUAGCGUGACUGUUUUCUCCGGCGGCGAUUUCCGUUGCAUAGCAACCAACCGUGCCGGCAGUAGCAACAUGACGACGAGUGUUCGGGGUCCUGCGGAAUCGGAGUCGCUCAUUCCCGGACUGAAGAAUCUCUACCUCUGGAUUAUCAUUGGUGGUGUUGCCGCUCUCAUUCUCAUCAUCAUCAUCAUCUGCGUAGCGCGUCGCCGUCGUACUGGCGGACACAGCAAGACGUAUCGCGUUCGCGAAGACCUUCGCUCAUAUCGCGACGGGAACGGUUACAAUUCCAGUUAUCCGGGACAAACCCAACUAAGUGAUGCCACAACCAUGCCUUGGCAGUUUGACGGCCGACCUUCGACAACCAACCUAGAACAAGGUGUUGUCUACCCAAACGAGAAUGCUGUUGGCGGAGCCAAUAACGGAGGGGUCAGCAAUGGUUUCGCCGAGAGUGGCUUCGACGAUCCGCGAUACAGCCAGGACUGGGCGCAGCAGUCAUCAGCGCGUCAAGCCAACCAGCCCCACGCGUCGCCGAGCACGUUCCAGCCGGGCGCGACGGGCAGCGGGGGUGCUCACAGCACCACCACGUCACUCGGCCAGCACCAGCACCAGCAGGCCAACGGUGGCGGUGGCGGCGGCGGGCCGGGACAGUCGGACCUGGUGUACUACGACGACUCGAAUCAGCCGGACGGCGGCAUGGGCAUGGCGGGUGCAUACGAGGACACUGUGAACCCCACGGGCGGCAAGGCGUACUAUGACGACCCCAACGUCGGUUACGGAGCAGAGGUGCACUCGAACGGCGUCAACGAGUACCACCCCGGACAGUCGCCCUCCAGGGCUGAUCUGGCACCCCCUCAAGGCUUUGAGUCGGACGGCCAGCAGCCCAAUCAGGAGGCACUGCCGACGUUCACUGCUCGCCAUGGCGACCACAUUCUCACUGCACUAUAAGAGUGACGUCACUGCACGAUAGGAAUGAUGUCAUAGCCUGCACACGUCACCAUGCCAACCAUUGCCCAUGACAACGCACAGUGUACAUUGCCUGGGUUUGCACGCCGCGAGCCAUGCGGAGUGGAUGCGGAAUCGCAACACGCGCCCAAUGUGCAGGCGUUAGUUGCCGUUCCACGCCACCGGGCAUGUCAUGUGACAUGUAGCAUGCAUUUGGUGUAUACGCCGUCGCCCAGCUAGCUGUCGUACUUUUUACAUCGCCAAUGCAGGAGCAUUCUGUACUGACACUCGUCGAAGCCGGAGAAAUACCUCAUUGUUCAUCAUACAUGCUUGCAUAUGCACAAACAGACGCGCGCAUGCACACACACACACGCAUACACUCACUCACACACGUGCACACACGCACACACAUACACUAACCUGACAGAAACUGACCAAGAUCACAUGCACAUCACUUCAUACACAGUUCUAGACACUCAACGCUUAGGUAGAUCAUAUCAGCAGCCAAUUUCAACAAUUUAGCCAGUUUGAAAGUAUCCAUGAACCUUUUCAAAAUCAGCGAUCUCUAGUUUCGUUCGAUUUCCUUUCAUAACAAUUUGUAUAAGGGAGGUUGACGCUUUAGUGCCUGUUCAUAUUAUUAAGUACACACACACACACACACACACACACACACACACACACCCUGCCCCCACGCAUGCACGGUUGUAUCCUCUGGGUUGAGUCUUGACAUACCCUAGCUGCUGCUGCCGCUGGCUGGCUGUUGCUUGCUGAAUGCUGUGUUGCUGACCCCAUUCCUAUACAUGCCACUCUCCUGCUUGUUCCUAUGCCUCCUUGUCCGUGCUUCUCUUUCCCUAGAUGAGUAAUGGUGACGGGGUAUCGUGGUCCAUGUCCACUGAUAACCUACAAUUACAUAACUCUAGCUCCCAACAUCUCCACCACCUAUCCAGUCGGCACCGCCAUUUCUUUGCUUAUCCUACAAUGAGCAAGUAUGCCUUCAUCAACAAACUGAAAAACCCUCCCGCUCGCUAACUACCCUCUUCCCCGGCCAGCCGGAGUUGACGCGCUCGUAUUCACGCUUUUUCUUCUCUUCCAAAAAAUACUUUGAGGUGUGCUCGGAUGCCAUUUUUUACUGAAUGUACUUGUAUCAUCAGCCAAAUGCAUACAACAUAGGCUUAUUCCAAACGGUUUUACUUUCUUCUCAUGUACUAUUAAAUUUUGUGUAUAUUACAGCAACGUUUUUUUUUAAAGAUACCAAAUAUAGCUAGCUAGCCGGCUUUGUCUCUCUCUUGUUGUCGCUAGCUCCCGUCCUUGUCCUAUCUCUCUCUCUCUCUCUCUCUCUCUCUCUCUCUCUCUCUCUCUCUCUCUCUCUCUCCCUCUCUCUCUCCCUCUCUCUCUCUCUCUCUCUCUCUCUCUCUCUCUCUCUCUCUCUCUCUUUCUCUCUCUCCCCCCCCCCCCCCUCUCUCUAGCAUCGUAAUACCCAAUCAUAGCUCAGAGCUAGCCUGCUGCCUCUCUUUCCCCGCUCACUACAGGUGUGUUUGCAUUCACAUUUGCUUAUGCUAGUUGUCAUGCUGCUACUGACAGCACAUGGUCUUGUUAGGUUUGUAUCCUCUGUCAGUGCAUUACAUACACCCAUGCAUGCUAGACCGGUCGCCUCGUGUAAAUCAAAUCAUUUCAUAAACCUUU